AUGUUAAACUUGGUUAAUAAUCCAAAUGUUAAGGACUCACGAUGGCUCACUUUGGAAGUUUGCCGGGAGUUUCAAAGGAAUAAAUGCACGAGAACAGAACAAGAAUGUAAAUUUGCUCAUCCUCCGCCCCAUGUUGAAGUACAGAAUGGUCGAGUUAUUGCCUGCUUUGAUUCCAUCAAGGGAAAAUGCCAGCGAGAAAAUCCUAAAUGCAAAUACCUUCAUCCACCCCAACAUUUGAGGGAACAGUUACUACAGAAUGGACGAAAUAAUUUGAUAUUAAAAAACCUGCAGUUACAAGCUGCAGCAACAUCAUUACAUCCAUAUGUGCCUGCUCCCGGAAUGAUGCCAUUUCAGGCCCCACCAUAUAUGAGCACCAUUCCUUCUGCUGUGAGUUUUAAUCCUUACAUGAACGCUUCAGUUCCUAACAGCCUGACCGUCCCCAGUGGAGUGAAUGAUGGAAGUUCGUAUAUUUCACAACAGAUUCCCGGAGGAGUUAUACCAACCUGUACCCAACUUCAACCAACGCAACAAAAGGUGGCACGUCCUGAUAGACUUGAGGUAUGUCGUGAAUUUCAAAGGGGUACAUGUACGCGACAGCCUAGUGAAUGUCGCUAUGCCCACCCUCCUGAUAAUGUCACUAUCGAGAGCGCAGACAACCAUGUAACGGUGUGUAUGGAUUUCGUUAAGGGAAAGUGUAUACGGGAUUCGUGUAGAUAUUUUCAUCCUCCAUCUCACCUCCAGAGUCAGAUCAAGGCUGCACAACAAAGAGCUAACGCAGUCGCUACGCAGACCCCAUCUCUGGUAGGGGUUCCUUUCUGCUUCCAAUCACUUCUUGCUAACUGUUGUUCUUAA